CCGGAUUACUGCGGAUUCUUGCAAUCACCCAGCCUUACGUUUGGUCGCCUUUUCCUAAGCGCAGCAUUUCACAAUCACCCCCGGUACCGAGAAAACCCAGAGAGAACUACGCGGCCAGCGGCUCGGAAGCGGGCCGGGCACAAUGACGCGUUCCGGGGCGGGAACACCAGCUCGCUUCUAGCUGUAGGGCGCUCCGCUUAGGGCUUGUUGAGGUACCGGGACGUAUUUCUGCGUGUGGAAACAGCUGGAGAGGUCUUUCCGGACGCGUUUUUUUAUUUCAUUGUUACUUGGUGUAUAAUAUUACUUCACUUUGUUCUUUUUUGGAUACGGAGAAAAUGGUUUAAAGGACUACUUGAAACUUUUUUUCUGUUUCUAACCUACUAAUUAAUAAACAAUCUGAAUUUGCUGACGGAAAGGGGAGUUUGGAAGAACGGGACUCGGGGUGUCGGAGCGACGCAUAUGAAGACGCUCGUCGUGGGACAUUUCACAAGAUGGACCCAAAGAUACUGUGUGUGCUGUUGGCAGUAGCUUGUUUCUGCAAUGCCCAGCAAGAUGGAAACGAAUGCAUCAAGGCCAACGCAAAAUCCUGCGGGGAGUGCAUCCAGGUUGGGGAGAAGUGUGGCUGGUGUACAGAUCCCGACUUCCUGAAGCAGGGUGAACCCACCUCGACCCGCUGUGACGAGCUUGAGUCCCUGAAAAAGAAGGGCUGCAAGGCAACCCUGAUUGAGAACCCCAGGGGCAGCCAGACCGUUGACAAGAAUGUUCCGGUCACUGACCGCAGCAAAGAUAGCAUUAAGAAACUCAGUCCUGAGGAUAUCACGCAGAUCCAGCCACAGAAGCUAACCCUGAACCUUCGAUCUGGUGAACCCCAGUCUUUUAACCUGAAGUUCAAGAGGGCGGAAGACUAUCCCAUUGACCUCUACUACCUUAUGGACCUCUCCUUCUCAAUGAAGGAUGAUUUGGAGAAUGUUAAAAACCUGGGAACAAGCCUAACGGUAGAGAUGUCCAAGAUCACUACAGAUUUCAGAAUUGGCUUUGGCUCCUUUGUGGAAAAGACUGUGAUGCCAUACAUCAGCACCACGCCAGCCAAGAUGCUGAACCCAUGCACCGGCGACCAGAACUGCACCAGCCCCUUCAGCUACAAGAACGUGCUGAGCCUCACCAGUAAUGGGCAGCGGUUCAACGACUUGGUGAGCAAGCAGCAGAUCUCUGGAAACCUGGAUUCCCCUGAGGGCGGCUUCGACGCCAUCAUGCAGGUGGCAGUCUGUGGGGACCGAAUUGGCUGGAGGAAUGUGACCCGUCUGCUGGUGUUCUCGACGGAUGCCGGUUUCCACUUUGCAGGGGACGGGAAGCUGGGCGGGAUCGUUUUGCCCAAUGAUGGGAGGUGUCACUUGGAGAACGAUAUGUACACCAUGAGCCAUUACUAUGAUUACCCCUCAAUCGCCCAUCUGGUCCAGAAGUUGAGUGACAACAACAUCCAGACCAUCUUUGCCGUGACAGAGGAGUUCCAGCCCGUGUACAAGGAGCUGAAGAACCUGAUUCCGAAGUCUGCCGUGGGGACACUGUCCGCCAACUCAAGCAACGUGAUCAACCUGAUCAUCGACGCGUACAAUUCUCUGUCAUCAGAGGUUAUUCUGGAGAACAACAAGCUCCCUGAUGGCGUGACCAUCACCUACCAGUCCCACUGUAAGAACGGCGUGAUCGGGGAGGGUGAGAACGGCCGCAAGUGCUCCAACAUCUCCAUCGGCGAUGAGGUGUCCUUCAACAUCAGCAUCACGGCACACAAAUGUCCCAAGCAAGGCAAGGCGGAAACCAUCAAGAUCAAGCCGCUGGGCUUCACCGAGGAGGUGGAGAUUGUCCUCAGGUUUAUCUGCGAGUGCGAAUGCCACAAAACCGGAGUGCCCAAGAGUCCCCUGUGUCACAACGGCAACGGGACCUUCGAGUGCGGGGCCUGCAGGUGUAACGAGGGCCGCAUCGGCCGGCAAUGUGAGUGCAGCACAGAGGAGGUGAACAGCGAUGACCUCGAUGCCAACUGUCGCCGUGACAACGGCACGGACAUCUGCAGCAACAACGGUGACUGCAUCUGCGGCACAUGCGAGUGCAAGAAGCGGGAGAACCCGGAGGAGCGCUACACUGGGAAGUUCUGCGAGUGCGACAACUUCAACUGCGACCGCUCCAACAACAAGCUGUGCGGAGGAAAUGGCCGCUGCGAAUGCAGGGUGUGCAUCUGUGACGCCAACUACACGGGCAGUGCCUGCGACUGCUCACUGGAUACCACAACCUGCCUGGCCUCCAACAAGCAGAUCUGCAACGGUCGCGGCCUCUGCGAGUGCGGCACCUGCAAGUGCACCGACCCCAAGUUCCAGGGCCCCACCUGUGAGAUUUGCCCCACCUGCCCCGGCGUCUGCACCGAGCACAAGGACUGCGUGCAGUGCCGGGCCUUCGGAACAGGCGAGAAGAAGAGCACCUGCGAGAGGGACUGUAGCUACUUCACACUGGAGAAGGUGAAGGACCGUGAGAAGCUGCCCCAGCCCGUGCAGGCCUUCCCCCUCAUGCACUGCAAGGAGCGCGACGCAGACGACUGCUGGUUCUACUACACCUACUCCGUCAGCAACACCUCCGAGAAGAUAGUGCACGUGGUGGAGGAGCGAGAGUGCCCCACCGGUCCGGAGAUUGUGCCCAUCGUAGCUGGGGUGGUUGCAGGGAUCGUGCUUAUUGGCCUGGCCCUGCUGCUCAUCUGGAAGCUUCUGAUGAUCAUUCAUGACCGGCGUGAGUUUGCCAAGUUCGAGAAGGAGAAGAUGAACGCAAGAUGGGACACGCAAGACAAUCCCAUAUACAGAAGCCCCAUUAAUAAGUUCCAGAAUCCCAGCUAUGGACGUAAAGCUGCAGUACUAUAAGGAGAAAACCCCAUCUACAAGAGUGCAGUGACGACAGUGGUCAAUCCAAAAUACGAGGGCAAAUGAUGGUGCCUCUUUCUAACACUGUACCACUGUAUGCAAAAUUGUUUAGGUUGGUGGGGGGGGGGGUAAGGGAGUGGGCUGGGAAUCACCUCUGGGGUCUGUAGUCACAGUAUUAUAGCUUUAAGUUAGGCCACUAUUUUAGUACAUUUCUCUAACUUUUUUUCCCUAUGCAUUGAUAAACUGUACAUACAUGUAUAAACUUGGUUUUUGUUUUGUGUUUUUUUUUUCCUUUAAGUUGUAAUUUGAGUUUUAAUUGCAGGCCUGGCAAUGCUUCAAUGGUGCCUUUUAUUUGAGAUCUCAGACUUCCUCAAUUACGGACCAUUAGCCAUGGUGACAGCGAGGGCCUGAGACGCGUAAAGGAAUAAGCCACCUGAUUAUGUGAUUGUGAUCAUGAAGGUUACAUUGGGGUGGGUUCAUGGUUGGUUUCGAAUAACAUGACUGCAAAGUGAAAGAAAGCCUUUUUGUUUUAUGGUUUUUAAAAAAAAAUGUAAAUGUGGUGCCUGUUUCUUUCAGAAUGUGUAAUGGAAAGGUGUAAGAGUUUUGAGUUCUGCAGGUUUUGAUUUUGGAAGCUGUCAAUGUAUAAAAAUCUCAGGUUUGUUUGGGGUCUCUGUUUAAGCGAUGCCAAAAAUAACAGCCUUAUUUGCAAGAGUAAAGCCUUAUGCAUUUUUAGCCUUUUACGUCAUUUUACAUCAAUAUACAUGCAGAGGUUGCCAGCCCUCUUUUCUCUGUGUGUAUGUACAUGUGUUUUGUUAUUUUGUCAUCCCCCCCCCCCUCCCAGCCUGGUGCUUUUACAGAUUUGGACUCGGGUGUGAAUAAUCUCCAGAUGUGCCACGGAGUGUCCCUAAGAACGUCAGUGUUAAGAGGAAAGGGGGGGGGGCUCCAUCUGAUGCACUCUCUCUGUAACACACCUGCCCACGUCUCGCUUUUUAAAGUGCCUUUUUAUUUCCGCCUCAUGUUCACUUUCGCGAUUGUUUUCUGAGUUUAUUUAUUAAAUAAAGUACCAAAAUCCCCACA